AUGAACUUAAAGAGUGUUCUCAUUGGAAAGUAUAAAAUCCUGGGCAAAAUAGGAUCCGGUGCCUUUGGAGAUAUCUACGAAGGAGAGUGCCAAGAGACCGGGAAAAAAGUGGCAAUAAAAAUAGAAAAGAAGCCAGGAUCCUCCCAAUUGUCAUAUGAGAAGUGUAUCUAUAAGAUGCUCAAGACGGACAGUAAUUAUAUUCCUGCAAUUUACCAGUCAGGCACUCUGAACAUGUCAGACACAAAGAGGUCCUUCUUAGUGAUGGAUCUGCUAGGGCCUUCUCUCGAGUCUCUUUUUAACUACUGCGAAAGAAAGUUCUCCCUGAAAACAGUUCUUAUGCUCGCAGAGAUGCUCAUAACCCGAAUAGAAUUCCUGCAUUAUAAGCACAUAGUGCAUAGAGAUAUAAAGCCAGAUAACUUUCUGUUUGGGAUAUCCGGGGACAGCAAGGAAUUAGGCGAGUCCCUGUCCAAGAACGCCUUCUUUAUAGUGGACUUUGGCUUGGCGUAUGUAUACCGUACGUCAAAUUACACGCACAAGCCAAUGACCACGAAAAACAAGCUGCUGGGAACUGUAAGGUAUGUCUCGCUGCACACGCACAAUGGAAUAAACCAAAGCAGGCGGGACGACUUGGAGUCUUUGGCAUACAUGCUGAUAUACUUCAUGAAGGGAAAGCUUCCCUGGCAGAGCGUCAAGUCAGAAACAAAGGAGAUGCGGUACGGAAUAAUAGGAAUGAUAAAGCAAACAAUAGGAAUAGAUAAAUUGUGCAGCGGAAUAGACCCUGCAUUCCAUGAAUUUUUAGAAUACACCAGGCGGUUAGACUAUGAUGAAAUGCCAGAUUAUUUGUACAUUAAGCGCAUAUUCAGCAAUGCCAUGAUCCAAAACAACUUCGUGUACGACUUUAAUUUUGAUUGGUACUUGAGAUAUAAAGAGACAAAUGAGCCCAUAAAGAGAUGCAUGAAGGGACCAAAGGCCUGUCCGUAA